AUGUUAAUCUACGCGGACAGAUUGGAUCCUUAUGAAUCUAAUAAUUAUAAACGAACAUUAUGGGAAUUUUUUGCCGAAAUACAACAACACUAUGGACAUCAAUUAAAAAUCAUCAAAGUAAUUCAGAAUGUUGCAAAAUCACUAUUUCAAGAAUCUACAAAAGGACCAAAUAUUGUACGUUUACAGCGUUACUUUCACACUGAUACUAUUGUACGUUCGUUUAAUGAACAUGAAGCAUUUGGCAAUCAUAUAGUUAAAUUUUUUAAUCGUUCCACUAAUACUUCAUAUAUUGCCCAUAUCAGUUGCUAUCAGCCACGAGAUAGUUGUCUAAUAGCAUCUUCAAGUAACAUUUCACUUGUACGUAAUCUAUCUCAAUGGGGACAAUAUAAAUUAGAAUGGUCAAUUAUCUACAAAGAUUUAAUUGAAAUACCUACAAUUGAUAGUAGUUCAAAGCAAAUAAUAUUUAAAACAAAUGUAAAUAAUAACAAGAAAACUAUCUAUUACAAUGACCAUAUGGAAGCACAGGUAUCAAAAAAUCUGAGAAAAUAUUUAGCCAGAAAUUAG